ACUAAAAAUUUACGUUUCGAGAAUGUAGGUUGUUGGAACAUUUAAUUCUUUUUUAUCCGAUAUUUUCCAAUCGGCCGACUAAUUUAAUAAAUGGAUCCAUAAAAUUAAAUACCUGCACUCAUUAAUUUCAAUGCAGAACAUAAACUAACGUUUUGUGAUAAGGUUAUACGAGAUUUAGGGGUCACCGAUUGGCAAACCUUUGCCAAUAAUAAUCUUUCAGUUUUGCAAAUAAUUUGCUGACUAUCAUACAAAAUGGGUGUACCAAAGUUCUUCAGGUACACGAGUGAGCGAUAUCCGUGCCUCAAUGAGCUCGUGAAACAAUAUCAGAUACCAGAAUUCGACAACAUGUAUCUGGACAUGAACGGAAUCAUCCACAACUGCUCCCACCCGGAUGACUCCAACCCGCACUUCCGGAUAACCGAAGAAAAGAUAUUCCAGGAUAUAUUCCACUAUCUCAGUAUUCUCUUUCAAAUCAUCAAGCCAAAGAAACUGUUCUUCAUGGCCAUUGAUGGUGUCGCUCCCAGAGCUAAGAUGAACCAACAGAGAGGCAGAAGAUUUAGGUCAGCCAGAGAAGCAGAACAAUUGGAAGAAAAUGCCAAAGCCAAAGGAGAAGUAUUGCCAACGGAGAAACGUUUUGACAGUAACUGCAUCACUCCUGGCACGGUAUUCAUGGCUCGGCUACAUGAGCAGCUAAGAUUCUUCGUAAAAGAGAAGAUGUCCACUGACCCGCUGUGGUCUAAAGUGAAAGUCAUACUUUCUGGCCAUGAGACGCCAGGCGAAGGCGAGCACAAGAUAAUGGACUACAUCCGAUGGUCGCGCUCGCAGCCAGGCUACGAUCCUAAUACUCGGCACUGCCUGUACGGGCUGGAUGCGGAUUUAAUCAUGCUGGGCAUGUGCACGCAUGAGCCGCACUUCGCGCUGCUUAGGGAGGAGGUAAAAUUCGGGAAGACAACUCAACGCGCGACGAGUCCCGAAGAAACAAAUUUCUACCUCCUCCACUUAUCGUUACUAAGGGAGUACUUAGAGCAAGAGUUUAUGUCCAUAAAGGAUACGCUUCCCUUUGAGUAUGAUUUAGAGAAGAUCGUAGACGACUGGGUGCUUAUGGGGUUCUUAGUCGGAAAUGAUUUUAUACCCCAUCUACCUCAUAUGCACAUAUCAAACGAUGCAUUGCCUUUAUUGUAUAAAACGUAUAUGAAGGUAUUACCUACCUUAGAUGGAUAUAUUAAUGAAGCUGGUGACUUGAACCUGCAAAGGUUUGAAAUAUUUAUGCAAGAAUUAGCAAAAAUAGAUAAAGAAAAGUUCAAUGAGGUUUACGUCGACCUAAAAUAUUUUGAGGCCAAAACUGGUCGGCGGCCCAACGCGCAAGAAAGGAAGCAGUACAAACCCAACAACGACGAAACAUUCAACGUCGAUGUUGAAGACAUAAAGAACAAUAAACCUGACGACGAUCUGCAAGCGCUGAUCAACGCCACUGAAGAUAUGUUUUUAGAGGAAGCAGACGAAUCAGAUGGAUACGAAGAAACUAGUGAUGAAGAGGCCAACAUAGAAAUGGAGUUCUUGUUGCACAAAAAAGAUUAUUAUAUGAAUAAGUUAGACUAUACAAAAGUCACUAAGGAAGUGUUAGCGGACCAGGCGGAAGGCUACGUUCGAGCCAUCCAGUGGAACCUGUGGUACUACUACAAGGGCUGCGCGUCGUGGUGCUGGUACUACCCGCACCACUACGCGCCCUACAUCUCCGACAUCAAGGGCUUCAGCCACUUGAAGAUCGAGUUCGAGAAGGGAGAGCCCUUCAAGCCUUUUGAGCAGCUCCUAGCUGUACUACCGUCGGCCAGCAAGCACUUACUACCCACACCGUUCCACGAGCUGAUGACGGAAGAAGACUCGCCUAUACUGCACUACUAUCCGGUGCACUUCGAAACCGACCUUAAUGGCAAGAAGAACGACUGGGAGGCCGUCGUCCUCAUACCGUUCAUUGAUGAGACGAAUUUGCUAUUGGCAAUGGCGCCAUGCUACGAGAAGCUGACCGAAGACGAGAUAAAGCGGAACACACACGGGCCCAUGCUGGUAUACAACUGGACGGCGGCCAGUCAGGGGGUGGAACACGCACCAGAGUACUUCCAGCCCAUAGCGGACUGCCACGCCAUAGAGACGAAGGUGUGGCGGCAGGAACUAGAAGUCCCGGCCGCCGAGCUCAAGAGGGGGAUGCUGCCGAAUGCCAUGAGAGACAUGAUCUUCCCCGGCUUCCCCACCAUGAAGCAUCUCAAGUACAAAAGCAGCAUAAAAAAAUGCAAAGUGAAGGUAUUCGAUCAGCCGUCGCGGAAUGAGAGCCUGAUCGUGACCAUCGUCAGGGAGCCCGACGUGGACGACAGCCUGGAGAAGGUCGCCCAGGAGUUGCUGGGCAAGGUCAUCUGGGUCGGCUGGCCACAUCUCACGAGAUCCAAGGUGAUAUCGGUGUCAAACGAAAAGAUGCGUUUGCAUUAUGUGGACAAACAGAACAACAACGUGAAUGGAGCUCCCAACUACACUACAGAAGCUAACUUUGGCAACCUACACAAGCAGUGGAUCUCAGAACGGUCCACAAUUAUUGAGCACAAUAUGAAUAGGCUUGGUAUCGACUUGGAAACGGUGGAUAUUAUUAUACAUGCAGUCAAUCUAAAAGGUUACAAAUACAUGAUCCAAGACAACGUAGCAAUGGUUCGCGAACCGGAAUGGUGUUCCGUAGCGUGCGGGUACGCGCGACACGCGGUAGUAACCGAUGUGUCGGCGCACGUGGUCGCACAACCCUCGCGAUUCCACACGCCGCAGGAGGCUUAUCCUCCUGGUGAUAAGGUGUUCUUGUUGACGCAGGGACAGUACUACGGAUGCUUGGCGACGGUGAGUUUUUCAUUAUACGGCGUCGGCAGACGCAAAGCAAACGAAGUCCAGAACUGGUUGAAGAGUCUGCCGCACAAUAACGCGGUGCGCCGCGAGUGCGGCUCCGAAGCCCUGGAGCCCGAGGAGCUGAAGGCUCUAUGGGGGUCGCUGGAGAAGCAGCUGCAAGACCUCAAGCACAAGGAGAAGAAGGUCACGCUGCAGGUCAAGUGGAACCUGCUGUAUAAGGCGGAGCUCCACGAAGGCAACAUCCAGCCGGACCCUUCAGCGGACUACAAGCUUUACGACCGAGUGGUGUGCGUGGCGCGAGGUCUUAGCGUCCCAGCUGGUGCAGUUGGUACCGUCACUGCUGUGUAUCCACCGCCUAACGCCAAUACUGUGCGCCUGUCUGAUAGGCUCAAUGCCGAACCUACCUACCAGGUAAUGUUCGACGAACCAUUCCCAGGCGGUAUGCACGAAGAAUUAUUUGAUGAAGCGCGAUUUUACAGAAUGCUGCCAACAAACAUGUUGAACAUUUCGUACGGGCGCAAGCUGCGUAACUCCGUAGUCACGGCCGCGCCUCCGUCACCAUCCUACCACAUCACGCAGCCGCCCACGCUACUACGCAGGGAAGACGGACACCACUCCGCGUUUGCUAGCUAUAGCCCUCCAACCCCAGAAAAGGCAGAGAACAAGCCGUUACAAGAUGCCCACACCUUCAAUAAUGUGCCACCACCACUGGAUAAUGGCACGAAUUUGCUUAGGACUUUAUUAAAAAUUAGCGAAGAUGAAGAUUCAUCCAAGAAAAAGAGUAAUAAGACAACUACUGAUACAAAUUGGCGAGCCAAAAACGACACCAGCUCGCCUAGCACCACCACAGCGCAAUCGCAGCAGCCCAAAACGCAACAACCAUCGAAUUGGCGUAAAGAAAUGGCCACCAAACCACCGCCAGGGUUCUCGAACGAGUGGACGAAUAAUACUUACAAGAACCAGCCACCGGUGCCCCCUUUCCCCGCCUUCAACCAACCUUUCCAAGGGCCUGUUCCUGGGCCCACUCAAAUCCCAUUCCCGCAGUUCCAAAACCCUCACUUCGCACGCAACCCUAGCUUCGGUUACCAUGGCAACCAGGACUCGCAGCGCCAACAUCACCAACAGGCCACCGUCCAACAGGCCAACGUCCAAUACCGGCCGUAUCAGCCCGGUGUGCCAGCCUUCCCCAAACAUUUGCCGACGGUCAGCGGGAACAACAUCACGCUCGGUCCAAGCUGGGUCCAAGGACAGGUACUAUACUUCCAUAACUUGCAGGCGGUAAAGCAGGGCCCGCCGCCGCCCAGCCCUGGGGCCAGGCCACCCGGCCCGCCGCAGCCCUUCGUGCCUCUGCAGGUGCAGACCAGUCGGAGUGUCACGUACAAGAGAUCGGUGGUGCCACUGCAGCCGAAUGCGAGCGGCUCGUCAGUGCCGAUCAAUCAAGCUGCCGCGCAACCGCCGGCCUCAUACCAGCCGCAGCCGCCUAACCAAGUCCCACAACAGAAGCAAGACCCGGCAUCCCGUCCCCAGAAGAAGAAAAAACCCAGAAUCGCCGCGAAUCUACCCUUCCAAAUAGAGUAAACGUUAUUUACCUGUAUUUGCCCAGCUACAAAAUAAAGACAAUCGUAACGACCUACACACUGACAUGGAAUCGAAUUCUGAAAUGAAUUUUAUUGAAAUAGACAAUUGUAAAUAAAAGCAUAAUAAAAAAAAUAGAAAAAUAUUAUCAUCCAAAACUUAAGUAUAGUCGGACGAUACUUAAUGUUUCUCACUAGAAAUUAAAUAUACUCGACGGAUCAAGUUGUACAUUGUGUAAAUAUGGAGUGAAUGCUAUUUGAAAUGUGAUCAAUUCGACUUUUAGUCUAAAUAAUCAUCCGUCAAUAGUUCCUCAUAAUCAUAUUUUGUUAACUUGAGUGAGAUUGAACACGCACGUUAUUAGGUUUAUCCACAGGUAUGGAUAGAUGCAGCAUGUCAAUAAUUUUGUAUGAAGACGAGUGUGGCACUUUUUAAACGUCAUUAGUGUCAUUUUAGCCAAUUUUAGUGAUUGCCGCAACGUAAAAAUAAUCGUAUCAUCGUACUGCAAUCGCAAAGUUAUCGAAUGAUAUCGUGUGACUCGAUUCGACAAUUAAUUAAUUCCGAUAAAACUGAUAUUUUGUUGGAUUUAUAGCUAGUCUGACUGUGGAUUAAAAUGUUUUGUAACGGUAAACGUCAUUCUAUAUUAUUAAUUUUCUUAUUAAUUUUCAAAUAAUAUUUUUAUUUUUAAUAAAUGUAAAAAUGCGUAGUUUUGCCAAUACGUUUUCUUUCAUAAAGCUAAGUCAGGUAUCUAGUUUUGAAGAUAUUUCUAAACGACAAAAUCCAGUGCCGUCGUAUACAUAGACGUAUACUGCGAUCACUAACUUCUUGAUUUGUAUAAUUCGACGUUACACAGUGCACUCUGUCUUCCGCGAUCACUGAUGAACUUGUUUUAUAUUUCUUCUACUGCUACUUUAUUCUAAUUAAUUAUUUGUUACUUGUGCUGUUAGGUAAUUACAAUUCUCAAUCCGUAAAUAAUUUCUCCUUUCUACUGUGUUCGUACUACUGUCCUCGUAAAAUCACCGUAACCGAUUGUUGUACCUAAUCGGAUUGCAUGAACAUCACUCGACCAUGUAUGUCCAUUUGGACAUAUCGGAAUGGCACGCUUUGACGAGCAACUUGCUGUAUCUACUCUAAUCCAUAUCUGUGGGUUUAUCGGUUGUAUUUUUUUGUAUUUUGAAUCAAAGAAACCUGAAUAAAAGCAUGUUUUUUUUGUUAAAAAUCAACGAAUCUCAAAAUCUCUUAAAUAUAAGGAAAGUAAUAAAGAUUCCCAAUGUAAACAUUUGUUUCAAUACAUGUGGGAAUUGUCGUAUUAUUUUAAAAUAGAACACUAGAGAUUUUGACAUUCUAAAAAGUACAAACUGCAUACAUACUAUUUUUAUAUUCAUAUUGUUGUCUUUCCAAACUGAUAUUUUUAGGUAUAAAAUUGAAUUUCCCUUCGAAAUGACAUCAAUGGUAUGAUUACCGUUACUAGAUCGUAAUUGGUUUGAUGUAAUGACUGGACUAUUUAAAAAUAUCAAGAUUAUGUGUAAUAAAGUGGACUUCCGAAUUUA